AUGCGCCGCACGCGAUCAAGCAAUAAAGACGUGAAUUUCAACAUCUACUACUCGAAAAAGGUGCCGCAACAGGUGCACUUUCCACACAGGAAGAAAACCAUACGAAGACGCUCUACACCGGUUCGCGAUGAGUCAAAAAAGCGACAGAUGGUCUUCCUACCAGAGAAGAUGAGGACUAAGAGCGAAAAGACUAUCAAAGACUCGGACUCAGAGGGUGAAUAUGAGGAAGUGGAAGAACGUGGUGGGGAUAGGAUUGACCUGGGAGCAGAUGAAGAGGAUGAGGCAGAGCAGAGCUUGAGCAGUGUCGCGAAAGAAAGAGUCGGAAAGAGGAAGAUCCAUACCAUGAAAGAAGAAGAUGAGGAGGAGGAAAAAGAGCCCGUCAGACCCACACCUAAGCGUAGACGGGGAAUGGUAGCCCCAAAGCAUGAGCGUCACGCGAGGCAGACCGAGGCCGAACACGGUACACCAGCCGAAACUGAGGGAGAAGGAGCUAGGAACCACAUACUUAGGAGACAGUCUACAAUGACCCAGCUGGUCAAUGGACGAAGACCGUUGCCGAAUAGUGAGGAGCCCGAAUUCAAGCCCAUAAAGCGUAGCCCAAGAUUGAGCUGGAGUAGGAAAAGCACGAACAAGGAGAAAGACAAGCAGCAGCGGACAUUGACACAAAUGAUGCCUGGAAUGCCACCGUUUGAAAUCAUGUCGGAUGAAGACAGGGAGGAAGCGCUAAGCGAUCUUGAAGCACAAGGAAAGGACAUUCGAGCAUAUGAACAUGCUGUAGCGCAGCGGCUUGCUCAACAAGGACUGCACCAGGUUCAAGGCGGCGGUAGUGAUGAAGCAACUGUGGGGCAUCAGGCCAGGGAAAGUGAACAGUGGCUUAUGAAUACGGUAGAUGACCAGGACGAGCUUCAGGUACACCCACAGAGUAUGACUGCACUGGUGGUAGAGUCUGUUGAGGAGGUUGCCGAUCAAGACGACAAAGGCAGUUAUCAACCAACGCAACACAUCGAUGCUCCAAUCACCAGAACAACCCGAGCACUGCGACGUAAGAAUGAGCGAAACCAAGCGCAGCCGCUAGUAGACAAUAUGCUACCUCUUUCAAGCAGUAUUCAAAAGUCAAGAUUUAGCCUACUAUCCACCCCGGAAAAGCGACGCAUCCGCGAAAUUCCGUCUUCACAGUCGCCAGCCGACUCACCUCUGCUCACUCAAGUGUCGGACGAGAAGUCAAAUCGGUCACCGCUGAAAGAACAAUCGGGAAACGGGACCAGAGCUCCAGAGACGCCAUCAAAGCGUAAACAAGUGACUUUCGGGUUGCCGCUAAAACCCCGUAGUUCGCCGCCCAUUCUGGGGAGGUUUCAAAGCACAAUCCAAGACUCCGAAGAAGAGGACGAGGACAUCAUCGAAGAGGAUGAGCCUUCAAGUGCACAAUGCAUAGGCGUCAACAUGCAUGGCAGACCUGUUGGGUCUCACACGCAAGCAAUGCUUGAUCAGAUUGACCAAGCAUGUGCUCAUGCGGAUGAACAUGCCGCUUGGCAAGAUAGAGGUUCAUCCGAAGAGCUAAGUCUACCGACCGCUACUCGAAGCAUCCAUGAAGCCUCCCCUGAGCUUGGCGAGCAACAAGAGCAGCCGAUAGUAAUGCAGCAAAAACACAUACUCCACGCGCGACCUUCAUAUCGCACAGCUCAUGCUGGUAUCAAGCAGGAGCCGCUACACGAUAUCGAGACAUUGGAUCUCACUACCGAGCUCUACUCGACGCCGCCCUUUAGCGAGCCUUCUCCUCAAGACACAUUUCCCUCAACGCCGAUGGUGAUACAAGAUGAUUCAUCCAACGAGGAAGAUGGCCCUGACCCGAUGCCUCCGUCCCAAAAUAGACAAAUCCACGAGAAAAUGCCAUCCAGCAGCAGCAAGCAAACAUCGAUAGACCUAGACGAUGAACCUGUACAAGUCCCACGCUCUCCAUCUACGCAAGCUGAAACGCAACAAUCCCAUUCUAGUAAAGCAGAGCAACAACUCCAAAACGAAUGGCUCUCAUACUCGCAGUACCUUUACACCCGGCCACCCCAGUCGUCAAGCAUGCAUGUGGGACCAGAUGCAUUUAGCUACAGCGCAACGCCAAUGCAUAUACACCCUACUGCCGCACAAUCAUCACAAGCUCUAGGACCCCAGUUGAGUCAGGCAACAACAGUAGACGAACUCACACCCAAGAGGAAUCGAGUACAGCGUACAAUGAACGCGAGCGUUACUCCGCAUAAGAAGGCGAGCUCUCAAGUUUUUGUCUCGCCGAACAAGCUGCCGCCACUGUUUAUACCAAGCAGCUUCCCCAGUCCAGCAAAGGCUGCGAUUGAAGGUUGGAGUAGCCCAAUGUAUGGCAGGACGCAAGACUUGACAUCUAGUCAGUUUGGUGCCACUCUAGAGGACUUUAGCAUUCCACUUCCGCCGCCCCUUGAGGAUGAGUGA